AUGGGGCUCACCCUCGCACUUCACAACCGAAAGGCUCCGGGAGACUACCUGAAGCCAAGAGACAAGCUCUGCGACCAAACUGCAGCGUCUGAACAGAUUGGCACUGUCAACGUCACCGUCCCUAUGGCUUAUAGGGGAGGAGGUGUUAGUUUUGGAUACCCAGAGGGUUUCACUCUCAUGGAUCUUGUUCCAGAUGACGUCAAACCUCUCAUUCAUCCCCACUGGAGCAACUUUCCCCCCGUCAACCCUAUGUGGCACUAUUUGCUGGCAGGUAUUUACAUGAUACUUGGUUUCCUUUCCUUCUUCGGCAAUGGUGUCGUCAUGUACCUGUUCCUUUGUAAGAAAAGCUUGCGUUCUCCAGCAAAUAUGUUCGUGGUUAAUCUGGCUUUCAGCGACUUCAUGAUGAUGGUAUCUCAAUUUCCAAUGUUCGUCAUGAAUUGCUUCAGUGGAGGCUUCUGGUCUCUGGGGGCCUUUGCUUGCCAACUUCAUGCCUUCACAGGAGCUUUGUUUGGCUUGACAUCGCUCAUGACUCUGGCUGCAAUUGGCUACGAUCGUUACUGCGUUAUCGUCAAAGCUUUCGACGGUGGCCACAUCAGCUCCGGAAAAGCUUUCCUCAUCAUUCUUCUGUGUUGGGGAUACUCCACAGCAGUGUCAAUCUGGCCCUUCUUCGGUUGGAACUCUUAUAUCCCUGAAGGUAUCCUCACCUCCUGCAGCUUCGACUACAUCAGCCAAGACUGGAGCACCAAGUCCUUCGGCCUUUUCCUGUUCAUCAUGUGCUACUGCAUUCCGCUCACUAUUAUCAUCUUCGUGUACUCCCAGAUCGUUGGUGCCAUUCGCCAGCACGAAAAGGCUCUUCGAGAACAAGCCAAGAAAAUGAAUGUGGAAAACCUCCGCUCCAACGCCGACGCCAAGAAGCAGAGUGCUGAAGUUCGAAUCGCCAAGGUGGCAGUGGCCAAUGUCUUCUUGUGGCUGCUUACAUGGACGCCAUAUGCCUACGUUGUCAUGACUGGACUGUUUGGCAAUCAAGAGAAGGUGACUCCCCUUGUCUCCGCCCUGCCCGGCCUCAUCGCAAAGACCGCCUCUGUCUACAACCCCAUCAUGUUCGCCAUCUCGCACCCCAAGUUCCGUCUCGCCCUUCAGGAGGCUUUCCCAUGGUUCUGUGUCCACGAAGAGAAGGACGACGACACAAAAUCCACAAAGACCGAAACGGAAGCUCCCAAGUAA